CUCUAUGCGUCAAAGUCAUGAACGUCAACUUGAUACCGGCUGUUUUCUAUCGGGUCGUUUUCGAUAAUUACGGAUUAUCUACUCUUAGUUACAAAACCUACAUAAAAACGAAAUGGUGAAAAUAUCGCUUCAAAUAAAAGCUACCUUAGAAUGUAUAGAAAAGUUGUAUACAAACCAUCCACAUUAUCAGUGGUUUUUAAAGUUGAAAUGCGGCAACUGCGGUGAAGUAUCGGACAAGUUCCACGACCUCACCGAAGCAGAUAAAGUGCCCCAAAAACAUAAUAGGUCAGAAACAAACUUGCUUAUAAAAUGUAAACUGUGUUCGAGAGAGAACAGCAUAGAUGUUAUUGAAGGAAGCAAUGGUGUGUUUACAAAUAACGAUGUGAAUAAAUUCAAAUCUAUUGUAACAUUUGACUGCAGAGGAGUAGAGCCUGUUGACUUCGAACCUAAAUCUGGCUGGAUUGCAGAGGCAGAAGAUAAUGGAAAAAAGUUUGAAGACGUCGAUUUGUCAGAAAAGGAAUGGGUUGAUUAUGAUGAGAAAAAUCAAACAUCUGUAGGUGUUUAUGAGUUGGAAUGGCAGUUUGUGAAAGUUAAAUAAUUUUUUUUUUUUUGAAGUCUAUACUAAGUUAUGUUUGGUAUACUCAAAGUAUGUAAUAAAUUUGUACACAAU